UUACAACCAACUAAAUCUUCACUGGAAAUACCAAAAUAUUAUUUUUAAAGGAACAUUGUGUACAUUACUUGGCGAAAUAACAAAAUUACAAAAACAAAAUAAUCGUUUAAAACAUCGUUUAAAAAAUAAAAAUAAAUUAAAAAAUAAAGAAGAUGGAGAAGGAGAUGAAGGAGAAGAAGAAAAUAAAAAAGAAAUUUUAAAUAAAAAUAAAAAUAAUUUAUUAUCAAAUUAUUUAAUUAAAAGUGGAUGUACAGCAGCUAUUUGUUCUUUACCUAGUAAACGUUUAUUUAAUAAUGUUGGAAAUAAUUUAUCUACAAAAACAACAAAUAAUGAUGGAGAAGCAACAAACAGUUUUUAAAUCUUCCGGAAAUUCAACAAGUUGUUCUUCUGCAGUUAGUGAAUUAUUUUCAAGGCAAAAAAGGUUAUUAAUUAAUAACUGUAAUGGAGGAGGAGGAGGAGAAGGCACAAUUGGUGGAAGAUUUUUAACAAUGAGUGGAAGUGGUGGAAGUAGAGGGGCACAGGAACAGCUUAGUCCUUUACCUCCAAUAAAUAAAGUAAAAAAAUGAUUUUUUAUCAAAAUAUAAUAUGGUCAUGGUUAGAACUUUGUACCCUAGGUGUUGUAGCUUCAAAUAAAAGUUUUACCUCGUUAAAUAAAC